AUGCGUCGUUGCUUCGUUGGAUUCCUGCCUCGGACUCUAGGCAAAGAAGUCUGUGCCAGCUUCUUCGAGAAGGCACUGCAAGGUGCCGAAUGGAUACAACCAGCGGGUCCCAAUGGGCCUAUCCCACGAAAGACAGCGUGGAUGGUCUUCUUCGAGUGCGACUGUGCCUAUCGUUACGAUCGUAUCGAGGUGAAGCCCCAGCAAUAUCCGCAGUGGAUGUGCACCUUGAUGCACUGGGUGAUGCCCUGCUGCGGCAUCAACGAGCAGAAGGCCUGCAUGUUCGAGACGUCCCGG